AUGGAUACAACUAUCAUAAACAAUGAAGAAGAACAACAACAAUUAAUUCCUAUGUCUUCAGUAUUACAAGAAAAAAAUGUCAAUGAAGAUACUAUUAUUAUUAUAUGUGAAACAAAUAAUAAUAAUGAAAAACAAACGUCACCAAACAUUAAACAACAAACAUUUGUUUUACGCUUAUAUUCUGAUUAUAAAAACUUCUUAACAUCAUUAAAACUCCCACCUUUGUCUGAUAGUACUUUACGUAUUAUAUUUCUUAUAUUUAUAGCAUUAAUUGGUUUAACUAGUUUUACAGUCGCACUAAUUGUUGGUUCAAGUAUAGUACAAUUUAAACAACAAUGUCCACUUUAUGCUUCAUUUAAAUUUCAAAUAUUUACAACAAGUGAAAGUAAUUGGACAACGAAAAUAAUACCAUUAUCAGAAAGAUUUAGUUCGCAAUCAACAUGUGAUUUUUGUACAUUUUAUAACGUUUUUACAUUUAUUUAUUGUAUUAUGACGGGAUUCUUUUUUAUAUUAUUUAAUGGUGAUCAACAAAUAGUGGCAACAAAUGAUCAAUGUUUGAUCAUUCCAUGGUUUCCUAUUUCUAUUAUACUCGGUAUUUUCUCCUUAGUAAAUGCAUCUAUAUUAACGAAUGGUUUUUUAAAAUUUUGUUCAACCAUCACAUCAAAUGACAGUCGUGUAACUUCAUGUACUCAACUAAAUCAAUUAAUUUUUGAACAAUAUCCUAAUGUUUCAUCAUUUUUUUCCUAUAUGUUAUUAGCUAUAAUAGCUUCAUGGGUUCAAUUAUCAUUUUUUAUCUGUAUUAUUACUGUUCUUACGAUUCGUCUUGGUUCAUCAUUCGAUUGGAGAAAUAAUAACACUAAUGAAAAAAACAAAAAGUCGAGUGAUGUCACUAUGCAAUCUAUAGAACAAAUAUAA